UCAGAGCAGGCACAGUCCAGUCUGGCAGGAAGCGUUGUGUAUUCUCAGCGACGUGCCUGGAGUAGCCAAAUCAUGCUGAUUGCGGGGGAGAGAAGCCCAGCGCUGCUCGCAAGAUGAAGGAAAGGCAGCCUUCCUCCAAAGAGGCAGCCGUUUCUUCACUUUUCCAAAAACUCUGCCUCCUCAUCUUUCUCCUGACAGCCGUCAGUGGGGUGAACAUUACGAGUCCCUCCUCAAUAAUACGAGGAACGCUUGGCAGCUCAGCCUUGCUCUCCGUCAGCUACACCAGCACCAGCUCCGACCGUCCUGUCAUCAAGUGGCAGCUGAAGAGGGACAAGCCGGUCACUGUAGUGCAGUCCAUUGGCACGGACAUCAUCGGGAACCUGCGGCCUGAGUACCGCGGCCGCAUCCUGCUGUACGAGAACGGCUCCCUGCUGCUCAACUAUCUGCAGCUGUCUGACGAGGGGGCUUACGAAGUGGAGAUCUCCAUCACAGACGACACUUUCACUGGAGAGAAACACGUCAAUCUCACAGUGGAUGUGCCCGUGUCCAGGCCGUUUGUGCAUUUAGUGGCGUCCUCAGUAUUGGAGCUCACCGAGUUCUUCACGCUCAACUGCACUCACGAAAGCGGCACCAAGCCCACCUACAGCUGGCUGAAGGGCGGGAAGCCUCUGAUUAACGACUCGCGCCUGCUGCUGUCCCAAGAUCGGAAAGUCCUGACCAUCUUGCGGGUCCUGAUGUCAGACGAUGACGUCUACAGUUGCAUGGUGGAGAACCCCAUCGGCAGCAUGAAGAGCCUGCCUGUGAGACUCACUGUCUACAGACGGAGUUCUCUCUAUAUCAUCCUUUCUACCGGUGGCAUUUUCUUGCUCAUAACCCUGGUGACUGUGUGUGCCUGCUGGAAGCCCUCCAAAAAAAAAAGGCAACAGCCUGGCAGACAGAGCAGGCAAAAUGUAGAAGAGAUCAAUGGCAAUCAUGAAGUUCCAGUUGAUAUUGUGCCAGGAAGGAAUUAUCACACUCGCAGAAAACCAGGUGGUCUGUAUGUUCUGAAGGAAACGGACUUCCACGAAGGAGAAGAUGAAGCCCCAUGUAGCUACGUCCACCCUUUAAAUCCCCUCGGCCCACCAUGCUAUCCCAGCACUUUCCCCCUUCCUGCCCACUCUCCAGACGCUUAUGUCCACUCAGGAAGAAGAUAUCCCAGCACCCCUGUCCCUUCUCCCCCUACCACACCUCAUUCACCCACCCCUACCCUGACGCCACCCCCAUCCUCUCCACCACAUCUGAGAAGCUUAUCGCGGAAGCCCCACCCACCUGCAGCCAGCCCCACCCCUUCACACACAGAAGAACCACCUUUUGCACAUGAGACCAUUCACAGCCGUAUCUGACUAGCCAGUGCAAAGAAAAGAGGGAGAGAGAUGAAAGAAAGAAAUGAAGAGAAAGAAUGCAUUUGAACCUUACCCAUGAGAACACUGCAAAGUUAAUGAUGCCAUUAGUGAUAACUUCACUCACACAGGAACAGAUUACAGACAAAAUAAUGGAAAUAGCAGACGAUACUAAUGACCAGGUUUUUCUUCUUACCGUGGUUGGGUGACCAGUCGCUGAUAAAUGUACAAGGCCUAAGUCAAGUUACAUAUAUAUAUAUAUAUAUAUAUAUAUAUAUAUAUAUAUAUAUAUAUAUGGGAGGCCAACACAUUACACCUACAGGAGCUUUAAAUCCAUAGGCAUUAAUAUGGAGUUGGUCCCCCCUUUGCAUGCCCAUUAAUUCAGAAGAGCAUUUGUGAGGUCAGACACUGAUGUUUGAUGAGAGGGCCUGGCUCAGAAGCUCUAGUUCUAGUUUAUUCCAGAGGUGUUCGAUAGGGUUGACGUCUGGGCUCUGUGUGGGCCAGUCAAGUUCUUCCACACCAAACUCACCCAACCAUGCCUUUAUGGACCUAGGUCUGUUCAUCAGACUGCCAGAUAGAGAAGCGUGAUUUGCCACUCCACAGAAUACGUUUCCACUGCUCCAGAGUCCAGUGGCGGCGUGCUUUACACCAACCCCCAACUCCUUGAGUACACUUUGAUCUUAGGCUUGUGUGUAGCUCCUAACAUGCAGUUAGGAGGAUAGGCACUGUGCGCUUCAGCGCUCGGCGGCCCUGCUCUGUGAGUUUCCGUGGUCUACCACUUUGUGGCCAAACAAUGAUAGGUUGUCAGUUGUCAGGGACAGAUCAAAUAAGACAGAAAUUUCACAAACUGAUUUUUGACAAAGGUGACACCAGAAAUUGCUCAAAACAGGUCUCUGUAAUGACAUAAAAAACAAAAGGCAUCUUUUUUCUUAAUUUCAUGACAAUGAACUCACCGUUGUCUCCAUUAUUUUGUCUGCUACAUGUAGUGCAGAAUCAUGAAAUGUAGAGUCCAGCAGUAACUCCAGCAUUAUCAGAAUUUGUACAUGGGUUUUCUGUUUAUACUCGGAAGCUGAUUUUACAUUUUCACAUGCUUUUAGAACAUUUCUGUUAUCUAGAUCAUGUUUAACACCACCAUUCAAAAGACAUUUUAUAAUAUAGAUAUAACCACCUACCAGUUUUGCAGGAUAUCAUUUUAUUAUAUGGAGGUUUUGUACAAAGAUGUGUUGUAAAUAUGUUGUAAUAUCUGUCCAUAUUACUAUGAUCUUUUCAUUCUUUAUCCACAAUGACCUUCUGGAUGCCUUAAAAUUUCAGUUAUAUUUUUGUUCAGAUUUGUAAAGAUAGAAUACAAGCAAUAAAAAGUAAAUGGAUGAUUUUCAGUAUUCAUCACUGAUAUAUAAAGCAAUUUGAGCAUAGCAAAAUUGUGAUGUUAAUACAACUUUUAAUUAUUAAUA